GCCUAACACGGUAACAGUGUCCAUAACUGCGAUAUUAAAACUGACUUCUGAGGUUUAAUAUUCAAAGUUACCAGACAAGUGAUAAUGAAAAGUGUGACCAAUAAUUACUUGUAUCAAUAUCUGGCUGCUUUAACAGGAUGUCUGAGUGUAAUGUCGACCGGAAUGCAUUAUGGUUGGGCCUCACCAUCCUUACCCGUUCUGCAGUCACCUGAUUCCCCAGUGCCCAUAACCAGCGAACAAGGAUCCCUUAUAAUCUCCAUGCAAGAGUACGGCAACAUCGUGGGCUGUUUCGUUGGAGCCUUCAUCGUCGACAGGAUCGGCAGGAAGAACACCAUCCUCCUCACAUCACCUCUGUACUUCAUCGGAUGGAUCAUGCUGGCGCAGUUCGUCUCCGUCUACCUCAUAAUGGCCGCCAAGUUUGUGGCCGGCUUCACCGGAGGAAUGUUGUACACCGUCGCCCCGAUUUAUCUGGGGGAGAUUUCCCACCCUCAGAUACGGGGGCUUCUGAGCUCUCUACUCCAAAUGAUGUACAUCUUUGGGCAACUCAUCUUCAACAUAUUCGGAAGCCUCAUCGGCAUAGACAUUGCUGCGUACAUAGCUGCGGCCGUGCCAGUCUUGCAACUGGCUACGUUCGUAUUUAUGCCGGAAAGUCCCUAUUACCACAUAAUGAAAAACAGGCUGGAAGACGCCGAGAACAGCUUGCGCAAGCUCAACAAUGGCGUCGAAGUCGAAAGCACCUUGAAGGGGAUUGUCAGCUCCCUCAAAGAGGAGAAGGCUUCCAAAGCUAGCGUGUUCGAGAUAGUAACGGACCCAGCAAAUCGAAGGGCGGUGUACAUUACGUUCGGCCUAAGGUUCUUCCAACAAGCCACGGGAAUAACGGCGAUGAAUUUUUACGUGAAAACCAUUUUCAUCGACGUCGACACCGGACUGUCUCCAACUACAAUCUCCAUCAUAUAUUUCAUGUUGCAGCUGAUUAUGUGUUCACUGAACACAACACUCAUCGACAAAACUGGGCGAAAGCCAUUGUUGAUAUUUUCCUUCAUUGGAACUGGAAUUGCUAAUGCAGUUUUAUGCAUUUAUUUCUACUGUGAUAAUUUUAUAGAUUUUAGUGAGACUUACUACAAGUAUAUACCUGUGAUAGCUAUUUUAGUUUACGUAAUUAUUUUUAAUACUGGCUUGGCUGCUACACCCAUGGUUCUGUUUGGGGAAUUUUUCAACACCAGAGUCAAAGCAGUAGCAAUGGCACUCGCUGACAUCUUUUUCUCUAUUCUUAUUAUUAGUGUGUCUUUGUUUUUCCAAUACACCAAAGACUACGUUGGAAUUUACAUUCCCUUUGGUGCAUUUUCCAUACUUGGAUUAAUUGGUUUAUUGUUUGUAUAUUACUGUAUUCCAGAAACUAAGGGAAUGAGUUUGCAAGAAAUACAGUUAUACUUAAGAGGAAUAAAGAAAAAUGUUGAUAACGACGUUAAAGUUUAAUAAACAAUUUAUUUCUA